UCAAGGCCACUGCGGCAGCCGGGAAUUUGCACGUAGUGGGAAAGGAAGUGGAAAGGUUUCGCCCCCUCCCCCGCCCCCAUCUCUUCCUCGCCUUUUGCGGCCAGCAUCCGAGUGGAGUGGGUGCUGUUGUUUUUCUCAGGGAGCCGCUGCAGCUUGCAUUUGUGACUGUGUGUGUGUGACUGUGUGUGUGUGUGCGCGCGCGCGCGCGUGUGUGCGUGCGUGUGCGCGUCCGCGCGUGCAUUACCCCUUGUCCCCGGCGAGGCCGGGAUGCUCUGCUUCUGCUGCUGGUGCUCAUCAUGGAGGCCAAACGAGUCGAGAUUCCCAGCAGUGUACUGGACGAUCUCUGCAGCCGUUUUAUUUUGCAUAUUCCCAGUGAGGAAAGAGACAACGCUAUCCGAGUGUGCUUUCAGAUUGAACUUGCCCAUUGGUUUUACUUGGAUUUCUACAUGCAGAACACACCAGGAUUACCUCAGUGUGGGAUAAGAGACUUUGCUAAAGCUGUCUUCAGUCAUUGUCCUUUUUUACUGCCUCAAGGUGAAGAUGUGCAGAAAGUUUUAGAUGAAUGGAAGGAAUAUAAAAUGGGAGUACCAACAUAUGGUGCAAUUAUCCUUGAUGAAACACUUGAAAAUGUAUUAUUGGUUCAGGGUUAUCUAGCAAAAUCAGGCUGGGGAUUUCCAAAGGGAAAAGUAAAUAAAGAAGAAGCGCCACAUGACUGUGCUGCAAGAGAGGUCUUUGAAGAAACUGGUUUUGAUAUCAGAGAUUACAUUUGCAAGGAUGAUUACAUUGAACUGAGAAUCAAUGACCAGCUAGCUCGUUUGUACAUCAUCCCAGGAAUUCCAAAAGAUACAAAAUUCAACCCCAAAACCAGAAGAGAGAUUCGGAAUAUUGAUUGGUUCUCAAUUGAGAAAUUACCCUGCCAUAGAAAUGACAUGACCCCAAAGUCAAAACUUGGUUUGGCACCUAACAAGUUCUUCAUGGCCAUUCCGUUUAUCAAGCCACUAAGGGACUGGAUUUCUCGAAGGUUUGGGGAUUCAUCAGACAGUGAUAAUGGUUUUUCCUCAGCUAGUGGGACACCAGUUAAACCUAGUGUGGAGAAAAUGAGUAGAUCUAAAUUUCGCUACAACCAGCAGUUGUUUCCAGAUAGUUCACCAGGUGACCAGUGGGUGAAGCACAGGCAAUCACAGCAACAGAAGCCAUUUAAUAAUCAUUCUGACAUUUCUGAUCUUUUAAAAGCAAAGCAGAAUCAGAAUAUAAGAGGAAAUGGCAGAAAACAGUAUCAAGACUCCCCUAACCAAAAGAAGAGAACAAAUAUAGUUCACAGUCAGCAGCCUAAGCAGCAGAACCACACAUUGAAAUGUGAAAAAAAACUUCAUAUAAGGAAACUACACGAUAAUUUUGAUACAGAUGCAGUAUAUGAUUUUUCUUGCUCCAGUGAAGAUCAGCUACUAGGCCAGGUGGAAGGGCAUUCUGUAGCAUGUAAUGGACACUGCAAGUUUAUGUUUUCAUCAAGAGCUUUUUUGAGCUUCAGGUUUGACCACGAUGCCAUAAUGAAGAACUUUGACCUUUGAGGGAGACAAGAGUGUUUAUGAAGCCUCAGGAUCAAAGAGAUCUGUUUGCCAUUGAGUGCUUAUCUAAUUAAGCCUUACCUUUCUCAGGUGACAAAAAAAUACAGGGAGGCAAUUGUAUUCCUGAAGAGAUCAUUCUCUUUGCAGAAGAAUGGUGUAAAAAUUACUUGCAUUGUAAAUGCAGUAUAGCCUUUAUACAUAAACUUACCUUUCCAGUGUUCAGCUCACUAGCUCAACAUUGUGCUUUUGAGGGCAUUCUUUCUGUGUGACUGAGGUCCUUUGUGCUCUGGGUUAAGAAAUAGCAUUAAUAUUUUACUAACAUCUUAGAAAAGUUUUAUGCUUAGGCAGAUAGCAGAAUUGGAAGGGAAUACCCCUCUUUUCUUUUGGGGGGUUUGCAAGAGAGUCAUAUAGACUCUAACUGAACUCUGAUCACAAUUGCUAAAGCUAUAUCAAAUUCAAGAACAUAUCAUCCGGUUUGGGGGUCUUUCAUAAAGCUUUUUUGCCUCCAAAUGCGUGGGUUGGUGAAAGCCUUAAAAAGGAUUUGUGUUGAGACAUUAUUGGAGCCUGAUAUAUGUGCUCAUAAUGAACUCCUGGCUCCUUUUUCUCAAAUCUUUAUAAUGCCAUAGUUUGCACUUCUUGGAGAUUUUAUACUUAGAAUAUAUAAAUUCUAAAGUUCGGUCCAGCUUUCUCUUUACAUAAAAAAAAUAAUCUUUACAGAAGAGGAAUUGGAUCUGUGGUGGGUAGCAGAGGUAAAGAAGAUUUAAUUUCUGUGCAAGCCUCCUGAGGCUUAUUGAGUGAGAGUUGAAGGCCUGGAGAUAGGUGCUGCUUUUGUCUCAUCCUCAUCUUAACUCUAACUUUUUAUUCUAGUAUGUACUUUAGUUUUUUCUUUGCUAUGAAUUUUUUCAUAAAAGAUAGUAUGUAUAUGUACAAAACCAAUAUUAUUGAAUUUUAUGUAAGGAUUACAUUUCAGGGUGGCUGCAUGGAAAUUGGCGUCCCAUUUUCUAAUAGUGUGAUCUAGAGUUACAAAUUUAGGCAUGCUACAGCCCCUGGAUAAUAGAAUGGGAGGAGAGAAGGCAUCUGUUUCAUAUGUAUGGUUAGGAAAUAAAAAACAAAUAUUUUGUAAUUUCAUCUCGUUCUUUUAGGAAUGUAUCUUGCUACUUCAGGAUUUUUUUUUUUUUUUUAAGUGAGGCAAUUGGGGUUAAGUGACUUGCCCAGGGUCACACAGCUAGUAAGUGUUAAGUGUCUGAGGCUAGAUUUGAACUCAGGUACUCCUGACUCCAGGGCCGGUGCUUUAUCCACUGCGCCACCUAGCUGCCCCACUUCAGGAUUUUUUAAUCACAUCUAAGUAUGUUUUCAGUGAAAAUUUGGCUUUAAUUGAGGACAAUCACCAGGGAUGAAGGUGCUUUAAUAUUCUGUGUCUGACCUCAAGUGUGGCAUUUGUAUAAGAGGGUUGAGGGGAAGGGAGGGAAUGGUUGGGUGUCUGAGUACACACAUUCAUUUGUGUUCUUGAAUGUUUAAAUGUGUGGUAUCCACAGUCCCUACUGCCGAAUCUUAUUGUAGGCACUCUUCAUUCUAUAUAGCUAUAUUUAAAAGGAACUCUAUUUAACUAGGAAGAUAGGAGCUAUUUUAAUAAUCAUGCAUUGACUUUUAAAUGGGAAAUUUAUAUUUAUUGAGGAAAAUUUUUUACUUCUUUGGUAUUAGGCAGGUAGGUGUUCAUUAACAUUAGUAUGUGUAGUAUUAAAUCAGACAUCCAUCUACAUCUUUUAAUGUGAAAACUUGUGAACUUCCACUUUGUUAACUAGUUUGUUUUGUUUUUAUGCUUUAGAUAAAUGUGUUUGGAAAACUUUCUUAGAAAUAUUGCUUUUUUUUUGCUUAGGUCUUCAUGAGCCAGGUAUGGUUGAUUAUGUAGAGAACGAAAUCUUGGUUUGCCCAGAUGAAUCAUUUUCAUUUUUUUUGUUGUCAUUCAGAAGCUGUUUUGGUUUUAAGUUUUUUAAUACCUUGGUCAUUAUUCCUGGUGCCAGGAAUUGGAUUUCUCCGAUCACAAUAUUACAGCAAAAGAGAUCAGAAAUUAAUGGAAAUGGAUCCUCCAUGGCAAACCUUUUCAAGAGCUAAAUAUCUCUUUUUCUAAUAUAGGUAGUUUUGACUGGAGAGUCAAAUUAGCUUUUGUGCUAAUUUAAUGUACUAUGGAACAGACUAAGGGUGGUAUAAUUAGGGUGGUAUUAUGUUCAUUUUAGUCUUGUAGCAUUCAGUAUACAGUUUGGGAUGUAUAAAUUAAAAACUGAGUUGAAGCUUAGCUGAAGUGAAAAAAAACUAUGCAGAAUGUGUCUGAGCUGAGUAUUCCCCAGACAGCACUUACUUUCUUGCACUCUGGGUUUACCAGUCAGAGAUAAGAAUAUCUAGGGAAAGGCCAAACUUAGCAUAGAAACCGAGUUCCACCUUGAUUUGGAGGAAAAUCCUAUAAGUGAUAAAUGUGUGCUAAAAAUAGAAUCAUUUACUUUAUAGUGUGUUGAAUUUCAAGAAGUUAGUUGAAAAAUGCUCAGUUAUUGGCUUCAUUUUUUAAAAUGCCUCUGUGAGAAUCUCUUAAUUCACUUUUUGAAUGUUAAACAUGGCCAACAUUGUGCAGUGCACUGAGAAUAUUUUACAUUUAAAAAAAAAAACUGUCUUGUAGGUGUUUUUAUGUAACUUUUGUGUAACUUUUAUGUAAUUUUAAUGAUUUGAAGAUGUUAGAUGAAGCAUUUUAUAUUUAACCAGCAUAUUCCAAAAGACAGGAUUACUAUGCAAGGAGUACUGUACGCCUAUCUGCAAGACAUAGGAGAUGAGUGAUUUCUCAAAUGAUAACACUUCUGUGAGGGAUGGGCAUUUGAACAGAUGUGAGUACCUAAUAGAACUAACUGAAUAGGUGGGACCCUUGAGAAUUUGGAAUUGUCUGAAAACUAAGGGAAUUGAUUUAAACAUUUUUUAAAAAAUACUUAUGCUUUAUUCUGUAUUAACAAAUGAAUUUGAUGAUCAUUUGCUUGAGUCUUUGCAAGUAAAGACUUAUUUUUCUAAUAAGUAAUGUAAGGGCUAAAAUUCUAGCUAUACUAUCUAAAAAUCUAAUGAGUGGUCGCCAAUAAAUUAUAAGCUUUAUCAAGAGUAUUUAAGUGGUUAAGUAUUUAUUACAGAGCAUUAGGAUCAGA